AUGCACUCACGGCCUCCGUUGUGGUUCCUGCAAUUCCGUUCUUUAUUCAGCACGGUGAGCAGUCCCCGCACGCCUGGGCGGCGGCAGCGCCAGGCGGACGCGCUCGCCCUUCGGCCCUGCGGGGCUGCGGCCGCCUCGGGGAGCGGCACCCCACGCUCGGGGCAGUGCCCGCGGUGCCCGGGCGGGCUGGGCUUUUUAGAUUUCUCUUCGGAGGAACUGCAUCUGGAGUACUAUGACAGCAAACAGUAUAAUUGGGAAAUGUUUGCAAAAACAGCUUUGCUCUCUGCUUUCAAGACCACGGGCACUCAACCAGCACCCGCCUUUGGAAUGGGAGGACAGCAAACCUCAAGCUUUGGGCUGUCAAGCUUUCCUGUCAGCAGCAGCAGCAGCAGUAGUACCAGUGCCAGCAGUUUCUCCUUUAAAGCCAGUUCCAGCCUCAUCAGUUCAGCAUCACCUGGGAGCAGCCCUGCUGCUGGCAGCUCUUCUGCUGCUGCAAAUCCUCCUGCAUUUGGGACAACAUCCUCUCCUAGCGCUCCCCAAUCCGCUGGCUUUGGCAGCGCGGCCGCUCCAUCCGCAGCCUCCUUCUCCUUCAAAGCAGCUGCCACAGCUGGUGGCUUUGGCACUUGUGGCUUUUCAGGCUUUGGCAGUGCUUCUGCUGUGAACUCUGCAAGCACCACUGUGCUCCCAGCCUUUGGAGCCUUUAGUGCCCCUGUAGGCUCUUCUGCCUCGCCUUCCAGCAGUGCUUUAUUUGGACAGAGCGCCAGUGCCUCUGGACAUGCUGUCACCUCGGCCUCUGCUGCAGCCACCAGCUCAGAGAAGUUAUUCACACCCAAGAGCGAGUUGUCAGCUGAAGAGUGGCAACAGUUUGAAGCAAAGGAGUUCACAAUUGGAAAGAUUCCUCUUAAGCCACCACCACUAGAACUUUUAAAUGCUUUUGACCUUGUAAGUUUAUUCAGAAAUGUUGUUAAUUUUUAUUUCCUCUUUCAAUUCUCUUCUGCAGGAAUAAAUGCAAAUGUAUAAACUUUUGAACGUUAUUUUGGGAUGGACUUUUCACAUCUGGGAGAUGAACUGUUGAAACUAAAAUGGAACAUUUCCUUCUAUAUACUGUCCUGUGAUAUUCUGUGCAAAGACUAUAUCAAAAAUAUGGUGUCCAAAGAAAUAAUGUUUCAGUCAGGUAUUUAAAACCUAUUCUUGGAUCAGUUUAUUAUCUGCAAAUGUAUACUCCAUGGGUUGUAGGACUGGCCACAAAAGCUUUUUUUCCCAUUGCCCUAACAAUUGGUAUUGUAACUUUAUUGGUGAGACCUUACUGAUAGUUAUUAAUGAAUGUGUGCCUUUGCUGUCCAUCAAAAAUCUGUUGUUUUAUUUGCCAGUUUUACUGAAACUAGAUGAUCUGUGAGGGAUGCUUCCAUACUUUCCUCCAGUCCUUUUUACUCAUUAUCAAAGUCCUCCAGCAUCCCAGUGUUUACGUCUUUAAAUUGACCCUUCCUGUCCACAAAUGGCAUGUGGAUUCAGGUCAAAAGGAGGAGCCAUUUCAG